AUGUCACGUCACCGUCUGUUUUGGUCCAGCUGUGAGGCUGCACAGAGCUUGGCUGGGAAGGGCGCAGAUGGCAGUCACUUUAUUGAUAUGCCGAGCUUGUUGACCAUGCUGCCUCAAAUUGCAGCGCAGAAUUCUGAGAUUCUGCAGUUGCUGGCGACAGGCCAGAUGCAAUGCCGGGUCCAGGUUAGAUGCCCUGACUCCAUCGACUGUGUCGAGACGUCGACUGCGCAAGAACCUCUCCCGGCAUGCGGUGCAAUCAGUGAGACGGAAGUUCCGGGGGUCGAGCAGUCAGCAGACCCGAGGAGCAUCCUGCAACAGGAGCUGCAGACGGCUUUGCAGGAAGCGCGGCCCCUCCGACGGCGCUUGGUCCUGAGAGCCUUGAAUAGCUCGACCUGCGAGGAUCUGGUGCAUGAGGAGAUUGCUGUCGUGGGGCGGCCUAAGAUGGUGCUACUGGGCCAUGCAUGGUCACAGGCUAGGGAGCUCCAUGAAGAGCUGGACAUGGUGGUCAUCACAUCCCUUCUGCGAGCCAAAGCCGAUCCCAACCGGACCGUCAGCACAGCCCAUGGAGCUGAAGGUCCUCCUAUUGGCACGCUUCUCUUCUGCGAGGAACUACUCUGGGCUCAUGCCAGCAUGCGGCCCAUUGAGGAUGUUCUGGUCGCAGCGCUCAGCACCUCGGGAGUCGACUGGUCAAGAAUUUGUUCUUGCCCGAGUUUGAAUUCCGGACCCUCACCAUGGAUGCUGGCACUUCAAGCUCCGCUGGAACUCCGGGCGGUGGAGUUACAAACUCUCAAGGAGCUCAAAGCCGACGUGGACCAGCCAAUUCAACUGGGUGGAGUCACUGCGAGUGGUCUCGGACAUUCUAUUCUCGCACAGGAUGUGGCCAGCUGCAGCCUGCUCCUUGAGUUGAGCGCAUGUCCAGACAGCAAAGUUCAAGCAGAGGCCGGGUGCACCAAGCAGAAGCUUCUUCAGGUAGCAGUCAACCUGCAGGAUGUAGAGAUGGCCGCAUCAAUUGUGGAUCUUCUGCUCAAGCACCAUGCAUUUCCCGGAAUUGAUGUUCAUCUGGACAGUUCAGCGACGCCUUUGCCGUUCAAAGACGCAGUCAAAAGGCUUGCAGCAAGCUAUGAAUCGUGGAAGCAAGUGCAGCUGGACCAUGAGCUGGAUUCAGACUCAGACAGCGACGAGGAAGCAGGCAGCGAAUCGUCGGAAGAGGAGGACACGGAGGACGACGACGAAGAUGAGGAUGAAGAGGCAGAGGAAACAAAGGGACCGGAGGAGUCCACAGAACCGGAGGAUCAGGAAACAGCAGGCGGUCAGCUGCAGCGGGCAUUUCGGGAAGAUGACAAAGUCGUCCUCCGCUGCCCGGCAAAUCAUGAACUGAUUGACGACCAACAGGUCUAUGUCGUGACCCGGGCACAGGCAGAGGACGACACUAUUCGCAUCAAGUUGCUGGAAGGCUGUGGUGUCCGAGAGCCAAAGGUCACUGAGGUAAUUUCCCUGGUUCCACCCACCAUGGAUGAUACGGGCUUUGCCAGCGAUGCUGACUACAGUUUUUGGGACCUGCGCCGAGGCAAGCAGCCGCCCAAUCUUGAAGUUGUCGGUCGCCCUGUGAUCAUCACAUCCCAUCGCAGUCAGCGGGCUAUUGAGGUGCCCAAGAAUUCCCACUUGUUGGCUAAGCUUCCGGCUGGUAAACAUUCGGGAUACACCAUCCUAUUGGAGUUUCGCCUCAGGCCUUUCCAUGGAGCGGUGGCCCUUCUACACACGGCUGCGCAGUUGGGAACUGCGGAGAUUGUCGUGGAAGCUUCUGAGGGAUCCGAGGAGCCAUCAAGGCCAGUCUUGGUCCUUCGCAGCGGCGCAUCAAAGGUGGCGCAUCCUUUCAAAAUGUCAUGGAACCAGUGGAAUUGCUUGGUCGUCACACAGGCGCCUCAAGGCUCGGCGACCGUUCUCCUGAAUGGACGAGCUAUGGAAAGCGCACGAGGUCAUGACGACGAUGAGGAGGCUCCACCCGAACUUCGUCUGCCAGACAUCUCUGAUGGAUUUCGGCUUUUUGGAUCCCGAUCACCAAACGAAGGUUCAAAAGAUUGCUCCUUGCCGGUUCAGCCGAAACCGCUGCUGCUGCAAAGGCUGAAACUGCUCCCGAAGCGGGCGCACCCGAUCUUCUUGGAUGCUUGCUUUCUGGGAUGCUUCUGUGAUGCCUUUGUCCCCACGGGUGGCGAACUCGGACCUGGGCAACUAAAGCUCGGAUACAAGGUUUUUCUGGCAACCCUCGAGGCAACUCGUGCGAGCACAGGAGAUCCCAAAGCUUCUUCACAGGACACAGAGUAUUUGAAAGGACUUGGGCUGCUUCAACACGUCUCUCAAAGCUUCGUUCUGUCGGACAAACUCUUCGUCGAAUUCGACAAGCUUUGGACUGCAAGCGACCCUGAUCCAGAAGCAUCGGCUGCACGCGCGGUUUCGUUCCUCAAAGUCCUGAACCCGAUGCGAAAGCAGCUGGCCCUGGCUGGAACUGAUUCGAGGCCCUUGGUCAUCCCUUUUGGCUUAGUAGAGAUCAUGAACGACGAGCCGGUGAAGCAGUUUGCGCUCUUGAUCCUGGAAAAGCCGUACGCAUCGUCAGACCUUUACAGGCUCACAUUGGUAAACGCAGGGCAUGGCAAAGAGUUCCACAAAAGCUCAGUGCGUGCCCACCCUAAAGUCAAAUAUCAGACCGCGAUGGUUUUUGACAACAUCUCCGCAGACAAAGCAGAGGACGACGCUUGGUGGCUGGCCGUUUUCGCCACAGUGCCCGUAGUCUCGAGACAAUCGUGCUUCUCGUUGUUUUACGACAUCUUUUUGCCGUUUCUCCUGGGCCCCAAUGGGGAGACGAGAAUGCUAGAGGAUGCACUGGUCGAAUCAGAAGACACGGACUGGCGAAGCCCCCAGCACUCCGGGGCCUACUGGAAGGUGCUCAUGCAUGGGCUGCGGCAGCUACUGCGCUUUGCCGGUGCCUCCGUGCCCGUCUGCAAGCUGUUGCAGUGGAACUUGCGACGCCAGAUGCUCCAGUUUGCGCUGGAGGACGUAGACGCCUCUUUGAGUCUCCGGACCAGCGAGCGCCAGUGCCUGCGCAUUGCGGCAGCCCAGUUGGGCAUUUCUGCCGUGAAGAGCGAUGUUCUCUGUUCGGCUCAGCCUGAGCUCCAACUGCCUUCUCGGCUUCGGGAGGCAAAGCAGAUGAUACAGAGCUUGGAAGAAGCGACCAACGCAAAGCCACCGUCAGGUGCAAUGCCGCUGCCUGACCUUCCCCUAGAAAAACUUGGACAAGUAGAGUCACAGGACGUAUCACAUCCGAAUUGGGAUUUGUUCUUGCAGAAGAGACCAAGACCGAGCCAGGCAUUACAGAUCCCACCGCAAGUACCUUUAAACUUGCUAGAUUUGCGUGACUAUGCCGAAAGCAUCGAGCAGGUCGUUCAGGUGAUUUAUCGAGCAGACGAGAUUUGCCGAACUCUGUCGGGGCUUCGACAGGCUGGCCGCUGCAAGUUUGGCCAUCUUUUCAUCGUGAACGUGCUGCAGCAGCUCUUCACGGAGAUCAUCCCGGCGCCCUUGGGGCCAAGGUCGCUUGCAGACGAUGCUAAAACAGAUGAGAUUUGGUCACACUGCUCCAGCUUCCAGGAUCCACACAAGACUCUGACCAGAGGCAUGGUCGCAGAUUUGCAGCAAACUCUCCGGCGUCUCUGUUCGCAUUUUGCUGCAGCUGCCUUCAGCAUUGUGACGCAGCGGAAGGAUUCAGCUGCUCGGGAUGCUCAAGAAACACGAGCAGAUCUGGCGCGUGGUUUUGAUGCCACAAUCAUUUGUGUUUUUGGUGCCAUCGCUGUGCUGUCGGAUCGCCUUAUGCGAAUUAUACCAUGCGACCACGCUGGUGACGACAGCAGGGCGGUGCUGCCGGUACCGCUGAGCAAGCUUGUCGAAAUCGUUGGUGGUUUUGGCAGUGGUAGCGGCGCAGGCUAUGGAAUCCUAAUCUCCAGCUUCAUUAGGCAGUCCGACACCAUCGAGGUUGCUAUUCCUGCUUUGCACGCGAGCCGCUCGGCCACCGCCAACUAUUUCUUAGAGGUGGCAGAACACCUUCGCUUGGACGGCAGUGCCGAAGUUGCAAGCGGUGCCGAGUCUCCCCGGCACACCCAGGGUCUUUCCUGUAGUGCACGCUCAGGCACUCGGGAACGCAUCCUUUUCGACUGGGACGACGGAGGCUGGCAGAUGCAGGCAAGUCAGUGA